CCCGCUGGUUCCGAGCAUCUGGACCUGUGUUCCUCCAACAGGUGGAAACGUCACGUGGUUUUCCACAUGAAUGCUCCUCGUGCACGCGCUUCUUCACGCGCCCCGCAUCGCAGGAACCUGAACAGGUGAAAGCUGCACGCGCGGUUUCCUGCUGCAGAUCUGAGAAAGUUCUGAAGAACCGAACCGAACCUCUCCGUCACUCCGCCCCCACCGGGACGGGGCCCGCGGCCCCCGCGCCUCAGAGAGACGGAGGAGGACGAGCAUCCAGCACAGAGCCGAACCGAACCGAACCGGACCGCUCAGCUUGUCCAUGAGCCCAAAGCUGUCCACUCCGUUCUCAGUCACAGACAUCCUGAGCCCGAUGGAGGAGGCGUACCGCCGGUUCGGAGGGAUGGAGCCCGGCCCGCUGGGGGCCUACCGUCAGGCUGGGACCCAGAUCCAGAACCAGAACCACCUGUACCACCACCACCAUCAUCAUCAUCACCUGUCCGCUCCCUCCUCUUCCUCAGCUCUGGGCCCCGGGCCCGCCUACCACGCUUCCCCCGGGGUGCCGCAGUUCUCCGGGGCCGCGGCGGGCUUCGGCGGCGGGGAGCUGCUCCCGGAGCCGGGGCGGGGCGGAGGGCCCGCCGCCUGGUACGGCGGCCCGGAGCCCCGCUACCAGAGCAUCUCCAGGCUGAUGGGCGCCCCGGGCGCGGUGAGCCUCUCCGGGAUGGAUCCCGGCUCCAAGCCGGUGCUGUCGCUCCACGCCGCGCCGCGCCGCAAGCGGCGGGUCCUUUUCUCCCAGGCGCAGGUGUUCGAGCUGGAGCGGCGCUUCAAGCAGCAGAAGUACCUGUCCGCCCCGGAGCGGGAACACCUGGCCGGCCUCAUCCACCUCAGCCCGAACCAGGUCAAGAUCUGGUUCCAGAACCACCGCUACAAGCUGAAGCGGCAGGCCAAAGACAAGGCCGCCCAGCAGCAGCAGCAGGAGGCCGGCGGCCAGAGCGCGGCCUCCCGCCGCUCCUCCGCCAGGUCCCCGCUCCUCUCCAAGGCAGAUCGGAGCUGCCGGGGCGAACCGAGCCACACCGGGACCCGCCAGGCCGGCUCUGCUGACGCGGUAGCCAACCAGAACCAGAACCAGCGGUCCUCCCCGGAGCAGCUGGAGGAUCUGUGCCCCAGCCCGCCGCUCGGCCUGCAGCCGCACAUCAACCUGACGCAGACGGACGCGGCGCUCAUCGAAUACACCAGCAGCAUGCUCGGGUCCAAUUUACUGUACGGCCGAACCUGGUAGAACCGGGAAAACUAGAGAACAUUCCCGACCCAGGACCGCAGGAGGGAAAAUGAUCCAGUUUUAUUUCCGCGCGUAAAAACUCGGUUCCUUUACGCAGAGACUCGGACAUCCAGCGGGAUGGAGGAAAAAUAAAACCGAACUGGACCAGAACCAGAACUUCCUCCUGGAUUAACAGGAAUAUUCCUCAGAAUUCCGGUUCACUGGUAACAAACUGGUUCAGUCUACUGGGAACGCUGGUAUCAGAACUGAAGCGGAAAUGAAAGUCGGUUCCGUUCAGGCAUGACUGUUUCCGUUUUAAAAAUGGAAUAUUUCAUGUAAAAAACUGGAUUUUUAUUGUAUUUAAAAUAAUUUCUUUUGUCUCAAUGAACUGAAUCUAAAUAAAAUGAGAAAAAUAAUAAUCCGAAGACAUUUAAUCCCAGCAACAUUUGUUUUAUUCCACAAUUUUCUCUCAGAAACAAAACUUCGACAUCACGGUUUACAAGCUGGUUUUAAAAAGAUGAAAAUAUUGUACAGAGAAAAUUAAAACA